AUGGCUGCAAAACUGAUCGAUCGGCAAUUCCAUAAUGUGCCCGGGAAACUUCGCGUGGCUGAGCUAUUUUUCGAUGUCCCUAUCGAUUACAACAAGCCCAACGAGGGCACUCUGAGGCUCUUCGCUCGAAGUGUCUCUCGCCUAAAUAAGCCAGUCCAGCCCACCAAAGACGAUUCUAAAUUACCCUGGCUAGUCUAUCUCCAGGGAGGACCGGGUUUUGGAUGCGGUGCCCCGCAAAAUUACGGCAUGGUUGAGCCGGCUCUCAAUAGGGGGUACCAGGUUCUCUUUCUAGACCAACGUGGUACUGGCCUGAGCUCAACGAUCACGGCCGGGACUCUAGCUCGCCAAGGAGAUGCUGUCAGACAGGCCGAGUACCUGAAGAAUUUUCGCGCAGACAAUAUUGUUCGUGACUGUGAAGCUAUCCGAAAAUGCUUGACCCAAGACUAUCCAGAGGACCAGCGCAAAUGGAGUAUUAUCGGUCAAAGCUUUGGUGGCUUCUGUGCGGUCACGUAUCUGUCGAAAUUCCCUGAGGGACUCAAUGAGGCAUUCAUCUGCGGUGGCCUGCCAGGCCUUGUUAGUGACCCGGACCCAGUUUAUUCGCAGACCUUUGGCAAGUAUAGAAUAGAGAAACUGGAAGAAAGAAACAAAGCCUAUUAUGCCAAGUUUCCUGAGGAUGCAGAGCGAGUCAAGAACAUCAUCAAAUACCUUGAUGAUAACAGAGUCGCUCUGCCUUCUGGAUGGCUGACGACCUCUCGGUUCCUAGAAUUGGGCAUUAUGCUUGGAUUUCAUGGCGGUAUUGAUUCUUUACACGAAAUCGUUUUACGAGCUUGGAAUGAUCUGCGCAUCCUCGGAUCUCUCACUGUUCCUACUCUUGCUAUCAUUGACAGCAACGGCGGCAUGGACAAGAAUGUCAUUUACGCCGUCCUGCAUGAGGCGAUCUACUGCCAAGGAAAAGCAUCCCGGUGGUCUGCACAGAGGCGUCGUGCUGCAAGUCCUCGCUUCCAGGUUACAGAGUCGCAGUCAGAGAUUUAUUUCACCGGAGAGAUGGUCCUGAGAGAUAUGUUUGAGUCAUAUCACGAGCUCAAUCAUAUCCAUGAGGUAGCAGAAAUCUUGGCCACGACCAAAGACUGGCCUGCCUUGUAUGACGAGGCGCAGCUGGCUAAGAAUGAAGUGCCGGUCUACGCUGCCACCUAUGUGGACGAUAUGUAUGUCCCUUUCGAUCUAGCCACCAAAACCGCUGCCAAGAUCAAAGGUAUCAAGCAAUUCAUAACCAACACCAUGUAUCACGAUGGACUCCGCAGCAAAUCUGGAGAGAUUAUGCGCCAGCUCUUCAAUCUACGGGACGACUCUAUCGACUAA